AUGGGACAAAUCCUUUCACAACCGGUGACCGAAAAGCACUCGGAAUCUGAUGCCAGCAAGCAUUUGGCAUACGGCUUGUCGCUGAUGCAGGGCUGGCGUAUCAAUAUGGAGGAUGCUCAUGCCACCAUUCUCGAUUUUUCUGACUCUGGGUCAUCGGGCAACUCCACCGAAAAGUCUGCCGAAGAGGCACUGGUGGCCUUUUUUGGCGUCUACGAUGGCCAUGGAGGCGACAAGGUGGCUAUAUACACGGGGAAACACCUCCACGAUAUUAUCCGAGGCACCGAAGCGUUUGCUAAGAAGGACUACAUUGGUGCUCUUAAACAAGGUUUUCUUACUUGCGACCAAAAUAUUCUCCGUGAUGAGGAUAUGAAGGACGACGAUUCAGGAUGCGCUGCCACGUCGGUGAUUAUUACGAAAGAUAGCAUUAUUUGUGGAAAUGCUGGAGAUUCACGUACAGUAAUGAGUGUCAAUGGAUUUGCUAAAGCUUUAUCGUUUGACCAUAAGCCUCUGAACGAGGGGGAAAAGGCACGUAUUUGUUCUGCUGGCGGUUAUGUUGACAUGGGCCGUGUAAACGGUAACCUUGCCCUCUCUCGUGGUAUCGGAGAUUUCGAAUUCAAGAAGAAUCUCGACUUGCCUGCUGAAGAACAAAUUGUUACAUGCUAUCCCGAUGUCAUUCUGCAUCCUCUCGAUUUAACCGCUGACGAGUUUGUAAUCCUUGCUUGUGACGGAAUUUGGGACUGUCUCACAUCGCAACAUUGCGUGGAAUGUGUACGUCGUGGAAUUUACGAGCGCAAGCCAUUGACACAAAUCAGUGAGGAGAUAAUGGAAUUAUGUUGUGCUCCAACAAGCGAUGGACUGGGAAUUGGCUGCGAUAACAUGUCCAUCGUCAUUGUAGCACUUUUGGAUGCUUCUCGUAAUGAAACCCUUGAUGAAUGGUACGAAAAGAUCAUCGCCAGAGUCGAUGCUAAUGAUUCGAAAUACGGCCCCAUCUCCAGUCCUUACAGUGAGAUGUAUAAGCAGAUGUACGGAGAAUAUUUUGAGAUUGGCCAGCAGGGUAACCAGCCGUCGCGUGGAGCUGGAGGUGCCGGUGGACAGAACUCCAUGUUCGGCGGACUUCCCGGUUUAAGUCAAUUUAAGCCAGAAGAGGAAGAAGCUGAGGAAGCUGACCAGCAACAAGACGGCGAGGCCAAUGGUGCCAUUUCUCUCCAGAAGCUACUCGCAAGCAAUGCCAUCACCAACGAGAAUGGAGUCAUAUAUCUUGAUACAUCGUCGGCACAAUCACUAUUGGCCCACUUCGGCAUGUCAGAAGACCAGGAAAACGACAAGAUUGAAGAGGAAAGGGAGAGUGAAAGUGACGACAAGGAGUAG